CAAGACCAGUUGCACUUGCACCGCCUUUGCCUUGAAUACACAUCGCAAUCCUUCUCACAGCUUCCCCACGAUCGAUCUAUCGGCCAGCCUAGUGCUACAAGCACACGUUCAAAGCGGUUCAACGUCACAACGCUCACCGCAUCCUUUCCUCGCGUGAGACAAGGGCAAUCCUCGCCCGCCUUCAACCUUCAAACAAACCACAAUGAAUCGCGGUGGUGGUGGUCGCAAGACCCUCCUAGCACCAAUUCACUUUAUUUUCAGUCUUCUACAAAAGCGAUCGACAGUUUCAAUAUGGCUCUACGAGAAUCUGCGGAUCCGCAUUGAAGGAAAAAUCAGAGGAUUUGACGAAUUUAUGAACCUAGUCAUUGACGACGCCGUCGAAGUGCAGUUGGCAACAAGAGAUGGGCCAGAGAAGAGACGCCAGUUAGGACAAAUCCUGCUCAAAGGCGACAAUGUCUCUUUAAUUCAAUCACUAGAUUGAGAAUCACGCUUUGAAAGAAAGAAAAAAGGCGUGUUUUCUGUCCAAUAUCGCAUAUGGCCUCUCCUAUGGCUUGCUGACUGUUUACGCUUCUGUUCAAAGCGCCAAUUCUGCAUGUGUCCCCCAACACCUGCACCCAUCGUCUUUGGCAAAAAGCGUCUGGUCGUUCAAGCCUUACUCAUGCGCGGUGAGCACCUCGUCAACAGGCCAGUCGUCAUCGUUGACUGGGACCUUUUCCUCAGGGGAUAGAAUUUGUUGGCGGAGCGCAAUACCCACUGGCCCAAUGUUGGUUAGCCAGUUCGAGAUGUUUGGCAGCAGUCUUACCGAGAAAGGGCAUCUUCUGGCCCGGCUGCGCAGCAUCAAGACAUGUUUUAUAGGUGUGCAGAUAGCGGUCAUAAAAACCUUUGCCAUGACCCAGUCUUUGGCGAGAAUAAUCAAAAGCUACGGCGGGCAUGUAUAUCACGUCGAGCGUUGGAAAGUUACCUUGGUCAUCCAUGUCUUCACUUGGCACGCCCAUCCCUCCAAGAGCAUUGCUCCUUUGCAGAACCGUGUCUGGGGAAAGAGAGGGGAUGCCC